CUCGGUUUUAACCACUCCCCUCUGUAGACUUGGGUGACACUGCAGAAUAGGAUCUGUUUUCACUGACGACAAAAGCCUGAGGAUUUUUGAGAAGGACGGGGUCAUUACUUUUUUAUUUGGAAAAAAGUUGGAGCAAAUGCUUUCUUUGGAGAUUAAGCAAAUAAAAGCAGAAAACUAGCAAGUAGCAGUGAGGAUAUAUGGUUUCCUUUUUUGUGAGUGAACUUUAGAGACUCUGAACUUGAAUAACAAACUGCAGCGAUGCAAUCGGAAGCAGACUGCUUGAGUCCAGAAGCUCAAAAACUGGCUGAAGCAAGGCUUGCAGCAAAGCGAGCAGCACGUGCUGAAGCGCGGGAAAUUCGGAUGAAAGAACUUGAGAGGCAGCAAAAAGAGAUCUAUCAGGUUCAAAAGAAAUAUUAUGGUCUGGAUACUAAGUGGGGUGACAUCGAGCAAUGGAUGGAAGACAGUGAGCGUUAUUCCCGUAAAUCCAGAAGAAAUGCUUCGGCUUCGGAUGAAGAUGAGCGCAUGUCAGUGGGUAGCCGUGGAAGCUUGAGGUCUGACUUGGAGUAUGCCAGUGCCUAUCCAGUGGCUGGAUUAGAAAAUGAGUGGACCAAAAAGAAGAACAACUCCAAAGCUACCAAUGGUUAUGAUGAAGACAUGUACGGAUCAUCCCAGAAUAGAAAGUCUAGCAGGGCUUCUUACUACUCUGAUCUUGGUCUUCCCAGCAGUGGCUUUACUUCCAAAUCCCAACCUUCUUGCCAGAAUGGAAGCCGGCCCUCCUUGCUGUACAGUGAUGUCCUGCCAGCCAGAAGUUACAGGGCUUCUCUGUAUGAUGAGAGCAUUUACAGUGGGAGUCGUCGGUAUAGUGCUUCUAGUUCUCGUGCUCCUUCUGAAUACAGCUGCUACCUUGGUUCCGGAUCUCGGACAUCUUCAAGAGCCAGUUCUGCUCGAGCAAGUCCAGUGAUUGAAGAAAGGCCAGAAAAAGACUUUGAGAAGGGAGCUCGUACUGUGUCAAGCUUAUCAGCAGCUACACUCGCCUCUCUGGGUGGAACUUCCUCCCGGAGAGGCAGCGGAGAUACCUCUAUCUCAGUUGAUACAGAAGCAUCCAUUAGAGAAAUUAAGGAGAUCAAUGAGUUAAAGGACCAGAUUCAGGAUGUAGAAGGCAAAUACAUGCAGGGAUUGAAAGAAAUGAAGGACUCCCUAGCAGAAGUUGAAGAAAAAUAUAAGAAAGCUAUGGUGUCCAAUGCUCAACUAGAUAAUGAGAAAACAAAUUUCAUGUACCAAGUAGACACCCUGAAAGAUGCACUGUUAGAGUUGGAAGAACAACUGGCAGAGUCAAAGAGGCAAUAUGAAGAGAAAAGCAAGGAGUUUGAGAGGGAAAGGCAUGCUCAUAGCGUAUUGCAGUUUCAGUUCACAGAAAUGAAAGAAGCCUUGAAGCAAAGAGAAGAAAUGCUUGCAGAAAUCCAACAGCUGCAACAGAAACAGGAGAACUAUGUCAGGGAAAUUUCUGAUCUUCAGGAGACAGUAGAGUGGAAAGACAAAAAAAUAGGGGCGUUAGAAAGGCAGAAAGAGUUCUUUGAUUCCAUAAGGAGUGAGCGAGAUGGCCUUAGAGUGGAGGUGGUUAUGCUGAAGGAACAAUUGAAGAAACAUGGAAUAAUCCCGGACUCAGAAGUAGCUACCAAUGGAGAAACUUCAGAUGCUUUUGAUAAUGAAGGACACUCAGAUUCUUCCAAGAUUAAUCAAGGCACAACUCAGGUGCUAAACACAUCUGGGGAUGGGACCCUAGGCAGAACCAAUGAAGUGGAGAUGAAAAAUGAGAUUUUGGAGAAUGUGGGGAAAAAGGAAAUCUUGCAGAAUACUGAGCAUGAGCAACACAAGGAGGAGUCUGAGGAGCAGGAAAUUGUAAAGGAGUAUACGGAGAUAAAGACCUUGCAUACUGAUGAAAAUACAGAGAGAGAGAAAGCCACUGAAGAUACUGAUGUCACCUCAACAGUAAUAUUAAUGAAUAGUGGACUGGAGGAACAAACUGAAUGCUAUAGAGAACAUGUAUUAGGAAAUGUAUCUUCCUCUGAAAAUAGUGAUGCAGGUAGUAGCAUAGAAAUCCAGCAGCCCAUUAGUUUGGAAAGUGAACAUGGUAGUGACUUAAAUGAGAGGACUAAUCAGAAUCUGGAAAUGGGUACACUGCAGAGUCAGGAUAUUAAGGCUUCCCAAGCAGGGUGUUGUAACUUAGAGAGACAGGAAUUUGAAGGAAUUGCACAGCAGCAGAAAGAAAAACAGGGGGAGUUUAUAACUAGCCAAAAAGAAGGUAGUGAAGCAACUCAGGAAGUUCUUGAUUUAGUGGCAAGCAGCCAUGCAUUGGUUUCUGAUCAGUCUGAACUACCUGAAAUUGUAAUCAUAGGUUCAGCUAUUGAAGGGCCAUGUGUGGAAGCUCAAGUUGAAAGACAGGAUCAAGCAGAAGAAAGCCCUAAAAAUGAGGUUAUGAGUGAUGAAGGUGAAGAGUGCAUUGACAGAAAAAUUGAUAAUGUAGAGAGUGGUAGAGAGGAAGAAGAAAAUAAAACCGAUACAGUCCAGAAUCUGGAAAGCCAAGAAAUAAAAUCUGUAGAAGAGGAGGAAGAAGUGUCAUGUGACACCGAGGUAGUGCCAGAUAAUAUUGCAAAGGAACAAAAAGUAGAUGAAACACCAGCUCUGUCACUUCUUUCAGAGAAUGAUCUGCUAUUAGCAGGAGAAGAACAAAGUAUGGUAAGUGCGGCAGAGAAUGGAAUGAAUAUGAAGCAGAGGCCAGGACAACAGGAAGUGUUAGUGGGCAAAUUGGAUUCAGAUUCUGAAAACAAAGAGGUACAACUUGAAAGAUCUGUGGAAUCUAUAGACUGUAUUACAGAGGUAAAAGAAUCUGAAUCACAUAAAACAGAGCAAGAUCAAGGUCCCAUGAACAAAGAACAACCCCAAGAAAGUAUUAUAGACCCUAGUCACAGUGAUGAAAAAAUUCAAGGGGCAGAAGAUACUGAAGUAUGGUAUGAAUCUCAGGAAUUUGAAGAUAAUAGUACUGAACAGGUGGAGGGUAAGAACACACAGGUAGAAGUCCAAACACUUGAAUAUAGUGAAGACAUAAUAUGUGGCACAAUAAUAGAUAAUGUUUUGGAAAGUAAAAUGCAGGGAGUAGCUAAACAAGAAGCAGCAGCUGCACAGGAAUCUCCUGAAAAUAUUAGUGUAAUUAUUGAGGUGAAAAAUGGAAUGGAGGAAAACAGCAAGAAGCCAGGGCCUGCAGACCAGCAGCUUGAAACAUUUCCCUCUGCGAGUACAAAUAAUGUUUUGCAGGAAGCCACAAAACAAUCACAGCAACAUACUGAAGAAGUUGGUGGCAACAUAAAAGAAAUGGAAGAGCAGAAUACAAGGUCAGAUGAUAUGUGUGAAUCUAUUAGUGAAGAGACGGAUAAAAACUGGGAGGGUCAGGGAAGUGAGGAGGACAAAAAUAAUAGAACAGAACAGCAAAACGAGAUGCAGGAAAUCAUUCCAGAAGCUGAGGGGGAAUCAAGUUGCCUCAAUAGACAGGAAAGUCAGUUAGAUAAGAAGCUUAAAGGACAAGUUAAUGAGGUAGAGGGUCAAGAGGAAGGAGUGGAAGAUAAGGGUGAAACAUUCAUCUUUCAAUCAAAUCAGGAAUUAGAAACUAGUGAAAGGAAGGAUGCAGAGAAGGUUGAUGCACAGAAGCUGGAAGAUGUUAAAGCAAAGGAAAUUGUCACAGAACCUAUCAAAACAGGAGAAGGUGGAAAGGAAGAAGCUCAUCAAGGCAGUGUAUACAAAACAGAGAAGGAAGGCUUGUUGACUGAAGACAAUGCAGAUAUCCAAGAAAAAGGAGAGGAAUCUGAAGAAUCAAAUGCAUCCAGAUCUGAAACUGCAAAGAAAACAUGUGAUGUGGUGGAGGACAAAACUAAAGUGUUAGACACCGAUAAUACGGAAAAAAUAACCAGUAACCCUUUAUUAGAUAAAGAGUUGGAAAGCUUGGGCACUACCAGUGUUGAAAGUAAAGAAGAUAUCACAGGUAUUAAAAGGGGUAAGGGUAAAUCUAAAGAAGAUUGUAUAAUAUCAUGAGUUCAUAAUCUAGGACCUAAAUAAAUUAACUGCUCUUGGAUCAGUUCCAGUACAAAAUAAUGCACCAUGCACAGUAAUUCAGACUUUAGGAACGAUGAUGUUUUUGUUUUGUGGUUGUUUCAUCAUAAUAAUUGUCAGUUCAUAGAUGCGAGUUCCAUCCAAUUUACUGUCAUGUAUCACCACCAGAUAUCGUAUACUCAGAUUUUGUUUUCUAAUUUCUCUCAGGUUUCAUGUUUAUCACCAAGUAAGCAUCAUAAAUCAACUUUUCAGACCAACUUGUUAAAAUGUAAGGCCGAUAUCUUCCAAAAAAAUAUUUAGCAAUUGUUCUUACUUUCUAGACUAGUUUUAAACAAGCUAUAGGUCUUGGAUGCAAAGACAACAAACAGUACAAUUAAAUGUUGCUUUGCUGAACAUAAAGCAAUAUAAGGUAUGCAGCACCAUGGUUAUUGUUACCACAUUUAUUUGUGAAUGCUUCAGUUCAGGAACCAACUAUCAUUGCUAAUACAAAAAGUAUAAUUUCACUGUGUAUUAUUUUAAUAUGGGCACAUUCCAAAGUAUAGCAUAUAGUUUAUAGAUGAACUGCCAAAAUAUAUUAGUUUAUACACUUUGAAAGAGCAAUAUACAGUUUAAGAAUUUAAAGCAUAAAUGUCUCCACAGUUGUUAGUCUGCUGAAAGGAGUAAGUAUGUAUAUGCUUACUUAGUCUAGGCACUUUGCACCAGAAUAAGCCUUUGACCCCAUGUUUUAACAGGGGCGUUCUUAUCUUUUUCUAGGGAAGUUUUCUCAGUGCACACUGUGAUGUGUUUUCAUACUUUCUAUCAAGUACAUUUAGUUAAUUAGGUAUAUUAUGAUACUAUUUUCCUACAAGAAAGUUUAAAUUGUAUUUCCUUGUUGCAUAUUUUUGCAAAAUACUAUUCUGAAAGAAUGUUUUCUUAUCUCUGGAAGUACUUUUUCCUCCUUUCUUGCCAGAAUGAAGGAAAUUAUGAAUGUCUUAAUCCUCUUGAAUGUCUUAAUUUUUAUUGAAAAGCAUCACACCAAAGAUAACUGCUGUUGCUCUUUGUGUAUUAUCUCCUAUAUACCAAGCACUGAGUCUUGUGAAAAAUAAUGUUGCUUUUGAUUUGAUACUGGAAAUAUAAACAAUUGAGAUAUUACCAAAUCUUCAGUAAUUUCUUAUGUGACUAUUUUAAACCAGAUGAGAGGAAAUGUGUUUUUUGCAUAAUGAAACAUUCUUUUAAACUUCAUUUAAGUAAUGAAAAAUAAAAGGGAAUCCGAACUAAAGUUUUUGCAGGUCAUAAAAUAUUUCUUGUAUUGCUGUUACAAACUUAAUAACUUACAGAUAUGUUGAAAUAUUUCAUAUGUAUAUCACAAAUGUACUGAGCUGUAUAUAAUUGAAAUAAACAUAUUUUAUACUUUA